AUGCAGGACAUCGUGGACGAAAAGACGCUGGCGGCACCAUCUCCCUCGCCCAAGCCCUCUCUUGACCUUCCGAACCCCCACGCUCGCUCCAGGUCACACUCUCAUCCCGAGACGCAGCCGCAUUCAGAACGUCUUCCUUGGGGCGGCGACUAUGUGGCUCAACAACCCACGGCAACGUUAGGCAUGAGUCUUAGCGGUGGCAACCGAAACGUGAAGAACCUGCCUCGUGACGGGCUAGAUGGUUCAAGGGCAUGGAGCCACGACUUGCUCGAUUCCGUCUCGCAGCCCAAAACAUUCUUCUCUUCGCUCUUUUGCCCAUGUGUCGUUCAUACGACUAACAAGCAACGUCUCCGAAAUCUGGAAGAGAAGGGAUAUCCCCUUCCAGACGAGUGGAGAGAGUGUUGCACCGUCGAGUGCACCGGCUUUGGACUGUUCUCGCUCAUCUGCUGUUGUUUCACAUUACAGAUGGACGGCCGCAAGGAUGUUCGCGAACGCUACGAAAUCACAGGGAGCACGAGCAGCGACUGCGCUACAUCAGCAUUCUGUCUUCCUUGCGCCUUGACGCAGGAGGCACGGGAGCUAGAACUAGAAGAAGAAACGUGCUCUCCAGUCGACCCUACUCAACUAGCGAUAGAUGCUGCAGAUCGACCAUUCAAACCAGAGCGCCAGAAAGACGAGGUUACGGCCUGCUGUUGCGGCAUGAUGGACAUGUGCUGCUGGACAGCGUGUCCCAUCUGUUUAUAG